GCGAGUUGCAGCAUCGGGUCGGGUCCGUCUCUGCUAGUCUGCUAGGUCGCAGCCGCAGCUCCGCGCCCGGUGCGGGAUGGCUGUUGCUCCACCCAGUUACUGUUUUGUGGCCUUCCCUCCAUGGGCAAAGGACGGUAUGGUCAUUUUUGGAAAAAAUUCUGCACGACCUAGGGAUGAAGUACAGGAGGUUGUAUAUUUCCCAGCUGCUGAUCAUGAUCCAGAGAGCAAGGUCGAGUGCACGUACAUUUCAAUUGACCAAGUUGCCAGGACUCAUGCCAUCAUGAUCAGCAGACCUGCCUGGCUCUGGGGAGCAGAAAUGGGAGCCAACGAACAUGGAGUGUGCAUUGCCAACAGAGCCGUCAGCACCAGGGAGCUGGCAGCAGAGACCGAAGCCUUGUUGGGGAUGGAUCUAGUCAGGCUUGGUUUAGAAAGAGGAACAACAGCCAAGGAAGCCUUGGAUGUCAUUGUCAGCCUGUUGGAAGAGUAUGGCCAGGGUGGGAGCUACUAUGAAGACGCAGACGGCUGCAGUUUCCAGAGCGCCUACCUGCUUGUGGACCGUGAGGAGGCCUGGGUGCUUGAGACCCUGGGGAAGUACUGGGCUGCAGAGAAGGUCACGAAGGAGGUGAGGUGCGUCUGCAGUCAGCUUUCACUCACCACCAAGAUCGACGCAGAACAUCCUGAGCUUCGAAGUUAUGCUCAGAGUCAAGGCUGGUGGACAGGAGAAGAGGAAUUUAAUUUUUCUGAGGUGUUUGCUCCAACCUCUGACCAACUAGACUGCUCUGCUGACAAAGAGAGCUUAGGAAGGCAAGAAGAAAGUAUUACGGUGCGGACUCUGAUUGACAUCUUACGUGACAAAGAGGGGGGCAUCUGUGCAGACUCUGAGUCUUUCCUCACCACGGCCAGUAUCGUGUCUGUGCUGCCUCCGAGUAGGAGCUCACCAUGCAUCCACUACUUCACUGGGACCCCUGAUCCUUCCAGGUCCAUAUUCAAGCCUUUUAUCUUUGUUGAUGAUGUGAAACUUGUCCCCAAAACUCAAUCUCCCAGUUUGGGGAAGGAUGACCCUGCCAGAAAGGUGCCUCGAUUCCUUGAGAAACCAGACCGCCGGCAUGAGCUGUACAAGGCCCAUGAGCGGGCGCGUGCUCUCAUGGCAAGCAAUCAGGAACAAGGCAACAAGCUGAGGGACACAAUGCAGGAGCUGGAGAAGCAAGGCCUGGAGGCCAUGGACGGGAUCCUGAACAGCUCUGUACCCGUGGACCCCACUGAGGUUGGGGACCUUUUCUACGACUGUGUGGACACAGAGAUUAAGUUCUUUCUUUAAACGAAGUGAGCCUUCCUUCUGCCCCUUCUCAUUGAAAGUUACUAAGUUACCAGCCAGACAAAGUUCUCGCUCUUCUGUUGGAGUGGAGUGAGGAAGUUCUGCUGUGGUCUCUAUGUGCCCAAGUCACAAGCUCUGUGAACUUGUGUUCCACCUUGAACCUUGACAAGUUCUCCUUUUUGUGGACCAUACGCUCCUUCCUUUCCAAUGUGAUUUGUGCCCCCCUUUGCUUGUGGUUGGAUUGUGUGACUCCUUGUGGGUUUUAAGUUGCUUUUCCUGCAUCUCAGUGGCAGUGGACACAUUUGCCUUCUCACAGAUGCCUGGCUUUGAGAGACAGCUUGACAGUGCUUGUUGGCAGCAAAGCAGAACUCUUUGCAAGUCUUCCUUUUCUUCUCCCAGCAACAGUUCUCUUUCAGGUCAACAAAGGCAUGUUCUUUGCUGG